AUGCCUCCUAAGUCGAAGAAAGAGGGUCCAGUCGAGAGGCCCAUCCUCGGUAGAUUCUCCUCGCAUCUUAAGAUCGGUAUUGUCGGCCUGCCCAAUGUCGGCAAGUCAACGCUCUUCAACACGCUCACCAAGCUCUCUAUCCCCGCUGAGAACUUCCCCUUUUGCACCAUCAACCCCAACGAGGCUCGCGUCAAUGUGCCUGACGAGCGAUUUGACUGGCUCUGCCAGCUGUUCAAGCCCAAGAGCGAGGUCUCCGCCUUUCUGGAGGUGAACGACAUUGCAGGGCUGGUGCGCGGAGCUAACGAAGGGGAGGGAUUGGGCAACGCUUUUCUCUCACACAUCCGGGCCGUUGAUGGCAUUUUCCACGUGUGCCGUGCGUUUGACGACGCGGACGUGAUUCAUGUGGAGGACACAGUUGAUCCCAUCAGGGAUCUGGAGAUCAUUCACAACGAGCUGCGGCUGAAGGACAUUGAGUUCAUGGAGCGAGCCAAGGAGGACUAUGAGAAGCAGCUCAAGCGCAGCAACGACAAGCAGCUCAAGAUUGACCACGAGCUCUGCCUGAGGGUGUUGGCGCAUCUGAACGAGGGCAAGGACGUGCGGCUGGGCGAGUGGAAGGCGGCCGACACUGAAGUGCUCAACACGUUCCAGCUGCUGUCCGCCAAGCCAGUCGUCUACCUGGUGAAUCUGACGGAGAAGGACUACCAGCGCAAGAAGAACAAGUGGCUUGCCAAGAUCCAUGUCUGGGUGCAGGAGCACGGGCAGGACCCCAUCAUUCCGUUCAGCGGUGUGUUGGAGUCCAAACUUGCUGACAUGCCGGCCGACGAGGCUGCCACCUACUGCAAGGAGAACGACAUCCAGAGUGGCCUUCCCAAGAUCAUCAAGACGGGUUUUGCGGCCAUCCAUUUGAUCUACUUCUUCACUGCAGGGCCUGACGAGGUGAGGUGCUGGCAGAUUCGCAAGCAGACCAAGGCGCCACAAGCAGCAGGGGCCAUCCACACUGAUUUCGAGAAGGGCUUUAUCUGUGCUGAGGUGAUGAAGUUUGAAGAUCUAAAAGAGCUUGGAUCGGAGGCUGCAGUAAAGAUCGCUUCACUGAGCAUCAGGUCAUCAGCAUGCCUCAAGUCCGACUUUGACGGCCGUGCUCUCACACUCUCCUCGCCUCUCGUCGCCGCGGCACCCUCCAUCCGCCGCCGCGCCGCGGUCGCGUCAGCCGCGCCGCCCGCCGCCGCCGCCGCCGCGAUCUCCGCCGCAGCCCCCGCCGUCGCCGCGUCGUUAGCGCUCGACGAUGACGUGGACGCGUCCAGCCGGCGGUACCCGCCAUUCGCGGCGUUCCGGAUCCACGGCACGGGCAGGAGAAAGACGGCCGUGGCGCGCGUGGGGCUCAUCGAGGGCAACGGGGAAAUUUUCGUGAACGGGCUGCCCCUGAACGAAUAUUUCCAGAACCAGGCGCUCAUGAUCCAGGCGGUGAAGCUGCCUCUCUCGUCGCUGGGCUAUGAGGGCAAGUACGAUGUGGUGGUGAAGGCGCACGGAGGGGGCCUCAACGCACAGGCGCAGGCCAUGGUUCUGGGAAUCGCCCGCGCUCUUGUUGCUGCCAGCGCUGCCAACCGCCCGCCCCUCAAGGCCCAGGGCAUGCUCACUCGCGAUGCCCGUGCAGUAGAGCGCAAAAAGUACGGGCUCAAGAAGGCCCGCAAGGCUCCCCAGUUCUCCAAGCGUUAA